AUGGCUGCCAAUAUCCCGACUGCUGGAUCGUUGAAGCUGGGCGUGGCGAUGAAGACGCUUGUGGUCUUCAGCACAUUCUACUUUGGCAUCAACGACUGCGACACGGUGCUGGCGGAGGAUGUCGAGGCCCCCAUUGACAAGGUCCUGGCUGCCGUGCGCAAGCUGCACGAAGAGUAUGGUGCCAAGCAUUUCGUUCUCAUGGACGUCCCGCCGCUCGAGCGCGCGCCGGAGGGUAUGCAACUGAAACCAUCUUUCUCUGCCUUCCCUGAACUUGACGUCUUACCUCCAGCACUGAAGCGGACACCCGAGAACAAGACCCAGGUCAUCGCGGCGAUGGCUGCCUGGAACCGUAUCCUCCCCGUCAAGGUGGCAGAGUUCCAGCGCGCGGCGCCUGGAGUGACGCUAUCCAUUUUCUCCGUCCGCGACGUCUUCACUGCCGUGCUUGACGACCCAAAGAAAUACGGGUUCACGAAGAACGACUUGACGGAGGUGGGCGGGGGUAUAUGGGCGGAUGAGGUGCAUGCCACGCCCGCGGUGCAGGAGAUUGUGGCGAAAUGGUUGAUCGAAGGCAAGGCGUGA